AUGGCAUUCUGGCGGCGGCCGUUCAGCCAGCGGGAGCAGGCACCAGACAAUGUCGGCGACGACCAGUCAGAGGUCACAGACGGCACCUUGUACUAUGUGGUCGAGAAGGCAGGAAACGACUCUGGCCCGACGUACCAGGAAGCCUCGGGGGCUCCUGUCGAGAUCGAGUCGCCGCUCGGCUACGAUGUGGGCUCCAUCACCAUCAUCUUCCUCAAUAUCAGCAUGAUGAUAGGCACUGGAGUGUACUCGACGCCAUCGACCAUCCUGAAGGACACGGGCAGUGUUGGCCUGAGCAUGAUUUACUGGUUCAUAGGCUUGAUCAUGUCGGUGGCCUCGUUUGCCGUGUACCUGGAGUUUGCAUCGUACUUCUCCAACCGUAGCGGCUCAGAAGUGGUGUAUCUGGAGCAGGCGUAUCCUCGACCGAGGUGGCUGUUCCCCACGGCAUUUGCUUUCCAGACGGUGAUCCUUUCCUUCAGCAGUGGUAAUUCCAUUGUACUCGCUGAAUACCUAUUCGCUACAAGCGGCCAUGAUUAUACUGGAUGGCAGCUGAAGGGGGUUGCCGUCGCAGGAUACACAGUAGCCUUUAUCCUCGUUGCUCUCCACACCAGGUUCUCCUAUUGGUUUUCCAAUGCUGUUGGAAUCAUCAAGGUGUUGACACUUGUGUUCAUCAGCAUCACAGGGCUUGUCGUCCUCGGUGGCCACACAAGAGUCGAAGAUCCGCUCGUCAACUUCCGAGACUCAUUCAACCAGGACCCGGCAACCACGUACGGGUUAACAAAUGCCCUGUACAAGAUUGCCUUCUCCUACGCGGGCUAUACCAAUGCAUUCAAUGUCGUGAAUGAAGUCAAGAACCCAGUCAAACAAAUCCAGAAGAACGGCUAUAUCUCUCUCGCAGUCGUAGGAGCUCUAUACAUCCUAGCCAACAUCGCCUAUUUCGCAGCAGUUCCCCGCGAAGAUCUCGCCGCAGCAGAGCAGAUCGCAGCCAGUCUCUUCUUCACCAACGUGUUCGGGUCGAGUGGUGCCGUGAGGGGGCUCAACUUCCUGAUCGCGCUGAGCUCCUUCGGCAACCUCCUCGCCGUGCUGCUUGGACAGUCGCGAGUGCUGCGGGAAUGUGGACGACAAGGUGUCUUGCCGUGGCCUCGGUUCUGGGCUUCCACUAAGCCCUUCGGCACACCCCUCGGCCCGUACUUUGUCAAGUGGUUGCUCACGAUCGUGAUGAUUCUCGCUCCGCCGGCUGGAGAUGCCUUCAACUUCAUCAGCGAUCUCCAGGUCUACCCAGCCGCCUUCUUCAGUCUCCUCUUGGCCAUCGGGCUCUACCUCGUCCGAUGGCGCCGUGGCCGACUGAACCUCCCUCGGCCCGUCUUCCGCGCCUGGGACGCGUGCAUCAUCCUCACCAUCCUCGUCGCCAUCUUCCAGCUGGUCAUGCCGUGGUACCCUCCCACGGGCGGUCCUUAUGCCGGCGAUGUGUCGUUCUGGUAUGCUACGUAUGUUGUUACGGGCAUUGCACUUAUUAUCGCUUGUGCCGUGUACUACUGGGCUUGGAUUUCCCUGGUCCCAAGAAUACGCGGCUAUCGAAUUCGCCAGGAAAUCAUCGAGCUGGACGGCGGCGCAACGAGCCACGUACUCACCAAGAUACCUGUCAGCGAGCUCGCCCAGUGGGACGAGACACACGAUGCUACGGGCAGGCAGCGAUAUAGCUCUGGUUCGACGGAGAGCGUUGAAGGGGGCGUGCUGGUCGAGUCUGGAGAGAAGGGCUCGGUAUAG